AUGAAUAACGAAAAUAAAGAUCCUGCAGCAAAGCGCAAAAAAGACAAGAACAAGUACAACACCCCCAAGUACCGCUUCGUCGUCUGCUUCACCAACAAGGACAUCGUCGCUCAGAUCAUCUCCUCCACCAUUUCCGGCGACCUCGUCCUCGCCUCCGCCUACUCCCACGAGCUCCCCCGCUACGGCCUCCACGUCGGCCUCACCAACUACGCCGCCUCCUACUGCACCGGCCUCCUCCUCGCCCGCCGCACUCUCAAGAAGCUCGAGAUGGACGAGGAGUACGAGGGAAACCUCGAGGCCACCGGCGAGGACUUCUCCGUCGAGCCCGGCGAGAACCGCAGGCCUUUCCGUGCUCUUCUUGAUGUCGGACUUGUCCUCACCACUACCGGGAACCGUGUCUUCGGCGCGCUGAAGGGAGCUCUCGACGGCGGGAUCGACGUGCCUCACAGUGAGAAGAGGUUCGCCGGAUUCUCCAAGGACUCGAAGAGCUUGGAUGCCGAGACGCACAGGAAGUAG